AUCCCCCAGAAGAAGAUGGUGUAAAGCCAGCCAGCGCAGCUGCUGUGUGCCCAGACCCGAGGAAGGACCAUGGCAGCGGCUCAGGGAGCAGGAAGCAGCGUGGCCGGGCCGUCCGGAGCCCCCGCCUCCGUCCCGGGGCACGGCAGCACCCCGGCAGUGGCGGUGUGGGAAUGGCAGGACGAAUUCGGCCGGUGGAGGCCGUACCGAGGCAACGUGUGCAGCUACAUCGAGCAGGUUUUCCAGGCCUCUCAGCAGAAGGGCCGGCGUUCGGGGUCGGGCCUCGUCAGCAGCAUCCCGUUGGGACACGCGGAUGCCGUCUUGGCCCCCUACGUCAUCGACAUCCCAAGCCUGACGCAGUUCCGACAGGACACAGGGACGAUGCGGGCGGUCCGCAGGCACCUCUUCCCCGGGAGCUCGGCGGCCGGGCAGGGCAUCGUCUGGGAGUGGCAGAACGACGAAGGCGGCUGGUCCCCCUACGAGAUGAGCGUCUGCGAGGUCCUGGAGCAGGCCCGUGCCACCAACCACCAGCGGGUCGAUCUCGCGCCCUUCGGCUACAACUACGACGUCGACCUGGUGGCCCAGGUCCAGACCAACAAGACCACGAGGUUCCGCCGCAGCGUGCAGCGGCGCUUGGACUCCCCGUACCCGGUGACGUCCGCCUCGGCCCCCGGCCACGCGGGGGUGGGUUGCUCUUGCCAGCAGUGCUGGCUCAACGGGGGGACUGGCCCCAUCACCACGCGGUCCCGGCACUCCGGGACAAACUUCCCCAACUCCUCCGCCACGCAUCAGGUUUCCGGCAGGACGACGUCCGCGAGUUCUUCCGGCGUGGGCUUUGUGCCCUACAACAAACCGACUUUGUCGGCGGCGAGGUCGACGCCGAGACUCAACGCACAGAGCACCUGGGCUUUGCCUCAAGCUGGGGGCCCCAGCACAGGACUGUCUGCACCGAACGGAGUCAGCACCCCGAGCCUGCCGGUCAAGAUGUCCAAACCCAGCAAAGUGAACCAGGCUUUGGCAGCGACGCUGACUGAGCCAGAAGCGGUGGUGAGGAAGUACCUGGAGGAGCUGAAGGGCACUCCUGCUGAUGAGGACUGCAUCAUCUGCAUGGAGAAGCUGGCCUCCCCCUCAGGCUACGGCGACGCGUGCGAAAGCAGCACGAUCAAGCCGGAGAUGGUCGGACGCCUGACGAGCUGCCAGCACUCCUUCCACAUGCUCUGCGUGCUGGCCAUGUACUCUAACGGGAACAAGGACGGCAGCCUGCAGUGCCCCUCCUGUAAGACCAUCUACGGAGAGAAAACCGGUACUCAGCCCAAAGGGAAGAUGGAGGUCUCCACUUUUCCCCAGUCCCUCCCUGGCCACAAGGACUGUGGGACAAUCCAGAUCGUGUACCACAUCAGCAGAGGCAUUCAGGUGAGCACAGCGUGCUCGUCAGUGGCUCCUGCCACUGCAGCACCUGCGGGCAGCCCAGCGCUGAGCAGCCUGCCUAAGGUGCACGUGUUCUUCCGAGGGCAUCAUCAUACCGUGUGGUUUGGGGUUGUGCCCGCCAGAUAUUGGCACAUCCUGGAGGAACAAGGCAAUUACAAUCAGCAGCACCUUCUUCCUUUUACAUGGAAGAGCUGGACUGAGAUGAGCCUAUGUCAAAUCCUCCUGCUUAUCCUAAAUCCUGCUGCUGAGGGAUCACUUACAAAGAUGAAAGCGUGCCAAAUAUGUCCUAUCUAUUGCAGGGCCCCGAGCACCCCAACCCUGGGAUGCCUUACACAGCAAGAGGCUUUCCUCGCUAUUGUUACCUACCAGACAACGAGAAAGGCAGAAAGGUCCUGGAGCUCCUGAAGGUGGCCUGGAAGCGACGCCUGAUUUUCACAGUGGGCACCUCCAGCACCACUGGUGAGAGCAAUACAGUGGUGUGGAAUGAGAUCCACCACAAGACGGAGAUGGACACAAACCUGAGCGGCCACGGCUACCCUGACCCCAACUACCUGGACAAUGUGCUGGCAGAGCUGGCCGCCCAGGGCGUCACUGAGGACUGCCUGAGAAAAUGAGCUGGGGUUGGGGGGCGGUUGUGCUGUGCACAUCUCCGGGCCCCCAGCCUGGGAGCCCACCCAGUGCACUUAUUCCUGUUGCCUUAAGUUCCUACGUCUGACUGCCUGUCACACUAAGCAAUAACACUGUAACGCAGGA